CACAAAUAAACCCCUGCUCAUUGUUCAGCAGCAGCAGCAGCAGUCCGCACUGAAGAUGGACGAAAAGUGGAACGUAUUUCUAAAAAGAAAAAGAAAAGAAAAGAAAAGAAAAGAAAGAAAUAUGAGCAGAGCGACAGGCUAAAACACCUCGGUCCGUGUGAAUAGGAACUCCAUGUACACUCGGUAUACUGUAGGGCUGCUGAGGUUUUAACACGGCAGCGAAUGGACUCAGAAUAGCAAAUUAGUUCUGAGAAUUUUGAGGCUGGGCUUAAGCAGGCGGGCUACGCUACCAUACUAAACAGUGUGUCACCGCAGCGUUUAACAUACUACUUAGUACGGUAGUAUGCGGCUUUGGACGUAGUCUACACAGCUUACGUUGCCAGGUUUUUUUUUUCCUCUUUCGGAUCACAUGACUGUCUGUGUCUGGAAGAGUCCAAGUCAGAGGUAGCAACACACACUCCAAACCACUUUGUCCUACUAAAUUAGCUGGAUUUUUAUUCUUUUUGGAAACAAUAGCAAUACAGAUUAUAAAUCAGUAGAGCUAAAUCACCUCAUAUAGUGAUAUGAGUAAAAACGACGCGUCAAAUUGCAUGAAAUAGAGAAGUAUGGUAAAAUCACGCACACCCCCGCCCUGUAAAAAUGGUACAUCCACAAGCUCAAAUUCCGAGAAUUGAGCUCUUCUGAUUCUUAGAACAGGGGUUCUUAGAAGUGGUGAUGCAAGAAGUUUCUAGGAAAGCACUACCAGAUCUUGACAAAAUGUCUUGUGCAGCAGACAGCUGCAUCCAGUUCACACGCCAUGCCAGCGACGUCCUGCUCAACCUGAACCGGCUGCGCAGCAGAGAUAUCCUCACAGACGUCACCAUUCUGGUCAACAGACAGCAGUUUCGUGCCCACAAGACUGUCCUCAUGGCAUGCAGUGGGCUCUUUUACUCGAUAUUCACGGACUCUCUAAAAUGCACCAUGAACGGCAUCAAUCUGGACCCAAAGGUUGACCCAGAAGGCUUUGCAAUCCUCCUGGAGUUCAUGUACACCUCCCGUCUUACGCUGAAGGAGAGCCUCAUUAUGUCAGUCAUGAACACGGCUAUCUACCUGCAGAUGGACCACGUUGUCGACACCUGCCACAGAUUCAUUAAGUCUAGUGACUCCUCAAUCAAACUGCCCAGAGAGGAUUUCCUGGUUAGCCCUCUGCUUUUACCUCAAGAUGUUCACGCUUACAGGCCACAUGAGGUUGUGGAGAACAUGGCAGGACGAUCCGGCUCUUUCCGUGACGGAAGGUCUUACGGUGCCAUGUUUAACGGAGUGAACACUCCCAGCAGCUCCUAUCAUGUUUAUAGCCAGUUCCCCAUGCAGGCUUUCCCUUUCCCUUUGUGUAAGCUGACCGACACCAAAAACACUUUCCCCGACUUUGCCAAAGGAGGCGUCCUCCAACACAAACACUGUCCACCAGGCGACGACUUCGCACGCAGCUCCAACACCAGCCACUUGAGCUCAUACCACUCUGAUGCCUACUCGUCUCGGGUGCUGGGGAGAAACGACGAAAUGAAAAGGGAGAACCUGCAAGGCUUGGCUCAGUCCGUUAUGAGUUCUAGAAAGCACGGAUUCGCCAGCCUGGCCCAGGAGCAUCAGAGAGACACGGGCAAAGAGCAGUCUCCUUCGGUUGAAGACGAGCUGAGCCAGCAGCACUACGCUGGGGGUAUGGCCUCCAGUGGGCGCAAGGGUCUGAUUGGCAGCCCGCAGAGCCCUUUAAAAUCCGACUGCCAGCCCAAUUCACCCACAGAAUCAAGCAGCAGCAAGAACGCCGCACUCUCGCAUGCCUCUCAGCCUCCGACUCCACAGGGCACGCAGGACCCGAAGGCUCGCAACUGGAAAAAAUAUAAAUUCAUUGUUCUCAAUCAGAGCACCAAGGAGGAAGAGAGCGGCACUCAUGAACCCGAGAUGCGAUCGCCACAGAGGCUGGCUUUUCAUCCCUCAUCUGAAUCUGAGCAGCCAGACAUACAGCCUGCCAGCACAAAGAUCACUGACCAUGGAGAUGACUUCACUGUGCCCCAAGCCAGCCGCCUCAACAAUAUCAUUAACAGAAGUCUGGAGGGUUCACAGAGGAACGGUGACAGCCACUCUUCUCUUUAUAUGAGCCACUUAAAGUGCACAUCAUGUGGCUCACAGUCCCCACAACACUCAGAUGUUUGUCCCAACACUCCCGGAUCACGCCUUAAUGAGGAGAUGGCCGAGCUGCACUCUGAGUAUUCCGACUCUAGCUGUGAAAACGGUACCUACUUUUGUAACGAAUGCGACUCCAGAUUUGCAGAGGAGGAAGUCUUAAAACGCCACAUGCUUCAGGUGCACAGCGACAAGCCAUACAAAUGUGACCGUUGCCAAGCAGCAUUCCGGUACAAGGGAAACCUCGCUAGCCACAAGACGGUACACACAGGAGAGAAGCCGUAUCGAUGCAACAUCUGCGGCGCACAGUUCAAUAGACCAGCUAACCUCAAGACCCACACGCGUAUUCAUUCUGGAGAAAAGCCAUACAAGUGUGAGACCUGCGGGGCUCGAUUCGUUCAGGUGGCUCACCUGCGUGCCCACGUCCUGAUCCACACAGGAGAGAAGCCAUAUCCCUGCGAAAUCUGCGGCACACGAUUCCGGCACCUGCAGACACUUAAGAGUCAUCUGCGCAUACACACAGGAGAAAAACCUUACCAUUGUGAGAAAUGCAACUUGCACUUUCGCCAUAAGAGCCAGCUUCGGCUGCACUUGCGACAGAAGCACGGUGCCAUCACCAACACCAAGAUCCAGUACCGGGUGUCCACAGCAGAUCUGCCAGAUUUGACCAAGGCCUGCUGAACACGCACGCACACACACACACACACACACACACACACACACACACACACAAGGGCCAAACCACAGCAUUUUCUGAGCCCUACUUGGACAAUCAUCUGAAACUGUAGUGCCACACUGUGUUGAUCAGACAAGAAGAAGAAGAAAAAAAAAAUCAAGGCAUUUAAUGCCAUUCUACGGGUUUCCUCUAUAUGUGAGCAUAGAACCACAUAAGGUCUCUUGUCACUUUAUUGUUUAUAUUUGCAUAUAAAUAUACAGUAAUGUUGAGUGUUUUUAAGCUUUCAGUUAUUAAAAAAAAAGCUUUAUUUUGUUGAAGAAAAAAAGGAGGAUGGAAUGUAAAAAAUUCAAAUUAAAUUUUUUUGAGUACAGUAUUUUAUAUCAAAGAAGUUACUUUUCGGAAAGUAUUGGCAUUUUAAUUGAAGGUCGGUAUAUUUUAUGGCAGUGCAAAGACUUGUGGCCCAAAAUUUUUAUGUGUACAGGAUACACCACACUAGAAUGGCCUCCUUUACAAAAUCAAAUCUUGGCUGUGCCUGUAAUUGGGUUUAUUUGUAUAUGAGAAUAAUGGCUGCUCUCAAAGUGUAAAACAUUGCAUGAGGUGGGUUGCUACUGGUCAACAAUCAUCAAAGUAAGGAACUGCAAAGAAGUGUGACAUAAUGCAUAGUUAUAUUCCCAAGAUUGCGCUCUGCUGGCAGAACCAAUCUUUUUAAUUAAAUAUGAAAAUAUGCAUUAAAAACAGAUACUGCUAUGGUACAACAGUUAUUUCACUUCAGUUGUGUUUUUGUAUAGAAAUGUGACUAUUUCUGUUAGAAAGUGAAGGUUUACAUUUUUGUCAUUGUUCUAGAAGCUACAGUAAAGGUUGUAUUACUGCGCUUUUUGCCCUCUUUCUGUAUACACACUGUGUAUUCAAGGUGCCUUUCUCAGUGGUGACUGAAUUGCUUUCUGUUACUCUGCUAAGGUACAACUGAAGGACACCACUUGUCCUGUUUUUUUUUUUGUUUUUUUUUCCCAUUUCAUGUGUGUACAUGUUUUGUUUUUUUAAACAUGCUUUUCUCUGGUUCAAAUGUCAAAGAAAAAAAAAAUCAAAUUCAUUAUUGCUUGAGCUGUGCAUCUUUAGGACUCUUUUUUUGGGAUUGGGCUUUUUCUAAAAUGCAUUAAGCUAACUGUAUAUGUGUAUGAAUGUAAAAUAAAACUAUUGAAUUUCUAUGUAUAACUCUGGAGCAAUACCUCAUUGUUGCAAAACCUAAUGAAUUAAAGGACUACAUUAGUCUGAACUACAUUCAUAGGUUACAGUGGGUGAAACUCCUUACGAUUAUUUGUCAAUUUGGACUCUUCCGUGUAUAAUAAAACUCAGGCGGGAUAUAGAGUGCUCAAAAAUGGAUAAAACAAUUAAGAUAUUUAAAUAAUGCAGAGAUCCCAAAUUUGUUAUGAACCUAUUUGCAUUUACCAGAAGCCAAGGCUUUAAAGUCAAAUGCUGGAGCACAGCAGGGGUUUAUCCAGUUCAUUGUUAUCAUAGUUUAAGAGAUGCCACAAAGCAGCUUUACAUAUAUACCACGCAAGCCAAAGGCAAUAGCGACAGGUAAAGUUCAGUAAGAACAUAAAAUAAAUCUUAUGAGGAAUUGAGAUUCAAAAUUGAAUCCAUCUUCAUCUGGUUAACAUGAAAUAGUGUAAUAACAGUAGGAAAAGUACCAGUGAGAUUAAAAGAUACUCUAGUCAAACAUUGGGUAUGUUGAGAUGAAUCAGAAAACUGUCAGGAGCCAAAAAAAAAAAAAAUGAAUAAUGAGAACAUGCACAAAGUUACAGAGUGCCAAAUGAGUGGUCAAGAAGAGGUUUACAUUUCACACAAGGAUUUUCAGUUAAGCUGAUGUGUAGCCAAUUACACAUCGUAACACAAUAGGAGUUUGAAAGAGAAAUCCAUCCAUCCAUCUUCUACCGCUUCUUCAGGGUCGCGGGGGAACCUGGAGCCUAUCCCAGGGAGCAUCAGGCACAAGGUGGGGUACACCCUGGCCAGGGUGCCAGUCCAUCACAGGGCACAGAAAGAGAAGUCAAGUCUAUUCAGUGUCAUGUUCGUGCAGCCAGGAGCGUCAGGAGGGUGCAGGUACACACAGCCUGCUCAGACGUAGUCUCCUAGAGUAGGACAGAAUGUAGGCCUAUAUGUAAUCGAGAAGCCUCAGGACAAUGAGAGUAAGAGGGCACCCGAGACGUUAAUGCACCUCCAUUUUAAGGUUAAUACCGUUAACACCAGUACCACUUAAUUGUCUUCAUCCAUCAAUCCCAAAGGCUUUUAUCUUAAAGGUGGGAGUAUGGUCAUCAAAGAAUUUAUAAUGCAAGCUUAGUCUUAGAAACUUAGUGACUGUUUUUGAGACUCAAACACUUGUAUUAA